AUCUGAUUCAAGGUUACGGCCUAUACUUUGCGCACAAAUGGAAUGCAUGAGUAUGCUUACGCGCCCCGAUGAUGAACAAGGUGAUGUGAAGCAGGCUAUUAGAAGAACUGACUCCGAAGAUACAAAAUCGUUGAUAUUUUUCAAUCAGCAAGGACGUUCAAGUCCAACAUUUACUAUUGAGGCCCUCGGUAAGUCUGGAAUUAUUAUCAACUACAAAAAGAUAAGAAUCAGAGAAAAGCAGCUAUUAUUUUUUUCUCAAGCAUCAUACCUGCUAUGAUUUACUUCCCGAAAGUGCGAAAUUGGUAAUCCUUGAUACUGAUCUCAGCAUUAAGAAGGCAUUUUAUGCUCUUAUAUAUAACAAUGUACGAGCCGCAAUACUGUGGGAUUCAUCAAAGCAAAACUAUAUAGGAAUGCUAACAAUAACCGAUUUCAUCAAAGUUUUGGUUACUUUAUAUCCUCCAGACGGUGGAAAAAUGGAUGAAUUUGAAGAAGGCUCUAUUUCAAGUUGGAGGAAAAUCAAUAAAAGUUUUGCUAUCCUUCCAUUGGUUCAUGUUACACCAGAAUGUUCUUUAUUGAAUGCAUCAAAAAUGCUCUUACAAUAUCGAUUUCAUCGAUUGCCUAUCAUUGAUAUGACUCAGGGGAAUGCAUUACAUAUAUUAACGCAUAAACGAAUCCUUAAGUAUUUACAUUUAAAUAGGCAUCAUUUACCUACAGCAAAGUUUAUGUAUAAAAGUUUAGGAGAACUUAAACUAGGAACUUAUUUGCCAAAUGUUUAUUCGAUUACAAAAACUACAACUAUUAUUGAAGCAUUGAGAAUAUUUUUGAAAAAAAAAGUAUCCUGUCUACCAAUAGUUGAUGAAAAUGGUCAACUUGUUGAACUAUAUGCUAAAUUUGAUGUGAUUAAUUUAGCUGUAACUCGAACAUAUAACAAUCUUGAUAUUCCUGUAUAUGAUGCACUUGAAUUCCGUAGAUCAAACAGAGAUCGUUAUCCACCUCCCCUUACCUGUUUAAAAUCGGAUGAACUACAAAAUGUUAUGGUGAAAAUUAUUGAAUCCGGUGUUCAUCGACUUGUUGUUGUAGAUACUAUGAAUAAAGUUGAAGGAAUUAUAUCCUUAUCAGAUAUAUUAAAAUAUAUUACUGGUUGGUCAGAUGGUAGAGGAUCACCAGUUAGAUCAGAUAUUAUUAAAAUGCAUAAAUUUGUUAUCAACAAUAGUAAUCCAUUGCGUAAUUCACACUCAUAACAUCAUCAUCAUAAAAGAUUAUGUAAUUGGAUGAAAAAAAGAAAAAGAAAGAAAUUGACAACACGUAUGCUUUUAUUUUAAAGUUGUAGCAUUCAUUUUACAACAGAAAGCCUUACUUAUCCUACCGAUUUUUAUACCGUCAAUCAAAAGGGAGAGAGAGAAAGAGAGAGAGAGACGUGGACGUAGACAGACGGAGGACAAUGACUUCUCCUCCUCCUCGACCCCCCUGUAUUCCUUCCUUGGGAACCAUGAAGUUUCUAUUCACAUCUAGGAUUCAGUUUGUACACACAUUCACACACACACAAACAAACACAA